AUAUUUGGAGUAAUGCGCUUCGAUUGAAGCGCGAUCUUUCGAAUUAUCUCGCUUCAACGAAAUCUCGCGCGGUACGAUGUCGUCGCAUUCGCCAAGCGUCGUCCCUCGGUUUCGGAUAAGUAACGAGAAGAUCGGAUUCAUGGAGUACCUGCUACAAGUUCGCGGUCACCAACGCAACUCUUCAGAUACGCAGGCGUUUCGCGAGCGUACGAAGAGAGAUGCACGGAUCGAGCUGCAACGCGAACUCGAGAAGCUGCAGACGACCGCCCGCGAGGACAAGAAGGAGAUAAUGGGCCGGCAAUUCGCCGGAUUCAAGCAUCUAUUCGAGCGAUUCCUACAGGAGGAGGGCCCGUCCUUAGAAUGGGAUCACAUUCAAAAACUGCCCGAAGAUGCGGUCAAAAAUUAUAACUCUUUACCAACACCGGAAAAUAACGAGGUAAAGGCGUUACUGGAUAAAUUGGUUGUGGUUAAAUUAAACGGCGGUCUCGGAACGAGCAUGGGAUGCCACGGACCGAAAUCCGUCAUCGCUGUGCGAAAUGGACUGACCUUUUUGGAUCUCACCGUUCAACAAAUUGAGCACCUGAAUAAAACGUACAACGCCAACGUGCCACUUAUAUUGAUGAAUUCGUUUAACACGGAUGACGAUACGCAACGCAUAAUUAGGAAAUACAAGGGAAUCGAUAUAGAUAUUUAUACUUUUAAUCAAAGUUGUUAUCCGCGUAUAAAUAGGGAUUCUCUACUUCCGAUAGCUAAGCAUAGUCAAGUCGAAGAGGAUAUAGAAUCUUGGUAUCCGCCUGGUCACGGAGAUUUUUAUGAGAGUUUUCAGAAUUCUGGUUUACUUAAAAAGUUUAUCCGAGAAGGCCGUGAAUAUUGUUUUAUCUCGAAUAUAGAUAAUCUCGGUGCCACGGUGGAUAUUAAAAUCUUGAAAUCGUUGUUAAGUGAAGUACCAGAAUCCAGUCUUGAAUUUGUUAUGGAAGUAACCGAUAAGACACGAGCGGAUGUCAAAGGUGGUACGCUUAUAAAAUAUGAGGACAAACUUCGUCUUCUUGAAAUAGCUCAAGUUCCUAAGGAUCAUAUUGAUGAUUUCAAAUCUGUCAAAACAUUUAAAUAUUUCAAUACCAAUAAUCUUUGGAUUAAACUCAGUGCCAUUGAGAGAGUACUUGAAAAAAACGUGCUGAAUAUGGAGAUAAUAGUAAACAACAAAACUUUCGCAAAUGGUCUAAAUAUAAUACAACUUGAAACAGCUGUGGGAGCAGCUAUGAAAACAUUUGAAGGAAGUAUUGGUAUUAAUGUGCCACGCAGUAGAUUCCUGCCAGUGAAAAAGACCUCUGAUCUGAUGCUUGUUAUGAGCAAUCUGUAUAUUUUACGUAACGGAUCUCUCGUAAUGAGUCCUCAAAGGAUGUUUCCCACAACGCCUCUCAUCAAGUUGGGGGACAAUCAUUUUUCAAAAGUAAAAGAAUUUUUGACUAGAUUCCCGACAAUACCGGAUCUCCUUGAAUUGGAUCACUUGACAGUGUCGGGUGAUGUUACCUUUGGAAAAGGGGUGACGCUGAAAGGCACGGUUAUUAUAAUUGCCAAUCAUGGAGAACGUAUAGAUCUACCUUCUGGAACAGUUUUAGAAAAUAAGAUUGUAUCGGGUAAUCUACGCAUAUUAGAUCACUAAAUUGCAACAGAAAACGUAAUAUCUUGUUAUCUUGCAGAAUUUAUAUAUAAAUAUUUGAGAGAAUAGUAUUUCUGUAUGUUUUCAGCCAUCAUGUAUCUUAAAUUAACUAGUCAAGCAAUUUAAUUGUAUAUAUAUAUACCUAUAAUGUAUUUUAGAAAAAAAAUCGAAGAUAUAUUUCUCUAUUAUAAAAUUAUUUUACUGAAAAUAUAUUGUACAUAAGAACUUAAUGCAACUCUCUAUAAAAUAUCAAGUAAAUUAUAUAUAGAAUAUAUACUAUGUUAUGUAAGUGAUUGAAGUUUAUAUGGUAUAUUAUAUUAAAAUAAAUG